AAUCCGAGCUUGCUCUCUCGUCCUCCUCCUCUCCUCUCUUAGGAGAAUACCCUCAACGGACGUCUCAAGCUUUCUCGCGUCCACCCCUCUUUGUCGUCAAUUUCCCGGACUGUCGGACCACUUUUCGACUGGUCCUUCGACGACGCCACCAUGACGGACUUCGGCCUACGCGCUCCUCAUGGGCCCGACAUGUCGGGAACCCAUAACCCUCUUGAGGAUAUGGAUAUUCACGAGAAGGGCGCUUUUGACGCCCUCAUUCGCCCCGACGACAGCUAUACUCCCGAUGGCACAUAUUGGGCCGACCUGCCGCUCCUGAAGCGGAUCAAGUUCGUCGGUUCCUACGACGCCGCAGAAGCCAAGCGGGAACUCAGUUCGAUAUGGCAGAUGACAAAGGAAGAUCCUCUCUCGCCCAUCUCGUACUAUUUCCGAAAUAUGGUUCUUCCUGGUGCUGGUCUGGGUCUCGAGGGUUACGUUUUGUUCUCCAUCGGAAACAUCAAACCCUUGUUCGAGGCCUCUUUCAAGUCCUGCUGGGAUGAUCAUACGAUUUGCAACAAACAAUGGAUCAACGCGGUCGACUAUCUCGAGAUUGUCGGUAUCAUCUUCGGCCAAAUUUUGGUCGGAAUUGUCGGUGACUGGCUCGGUCGUCGCUGGGGUCUUAUUCAGGACGCUGCAAUCAUGUUGCUGGGUUUGGUGAUGCUUACCGCUGCUUGGGGUGUCACCGAGAACGGCUGGGUCAUUUGCUACGCUUGGUCAUUGUUCGUCUACGGCAUUGGUGUUGGUGGUGAAUACCCCAUGACUGCCACUAGCGGUAUGGAAAACGCUGUCGGCUCCGGAAAGGUCUCGACCAAGGAGGACCGCCUCCACCGUGGUCGCAAGGUCACCAGUGCUUUCUUGAUGCAGGGUUGGGGUCAAUUCUUCAACCAGGCCAUCCUGAUCAUUCUGCUGCUCAUCUUCCACCACGGUAGCGGUAACCCGCCUUACUCUUCAGUAGCUACCCAGUGGACCUACCGCAUUUCUUUCGCCAUUCCCGCUGUCGGCACCUUGUGGCUGGUGUACUACCGUGCCUACCACAUGAAGGCUGCUAGCAAGCAGCUUGCUGCGGCUAAGAAGAAGGCUUCUGUUACUGGAUACGAUGUCAACUCCUUGAAGCUGACUUUCCGUUAUUUCGGUUUCCGCAUUAUCGCUACUGCCGGUGGCUGGUUCGCCAACGAUGUCUUCUUCUACGGCAACAAGCUUUUCAGUUCCGAGUUUAUCAAGGUGCUUAGCCCUGGAAGCAACUCUAUCAUGCCAACAUGGCUUUGGAGUUUGUGCAACAUCGGUGUGUCAUUGGCUGGUUACUACUGUGCUUCUUUCCUUGUCGACAACAAGCUCUACGGUCGUAAGUGGAUGCAGAUGAUCGGUUUCCUCAUGUGCUUCAUCCUCUUCGUCGUCCCUGCUUUCCACUAUGAGUACUACACCCGGCCUGAGAACAUCCACGCUUUCCAGGCGAUGUACUUCUUGAGUUCUUUCUUCAACCAGUUUGGACCCAACUCUGUCACUUUCCUGGUGGCUGCUGAGGUGUUCCCGACUCCCAUUCGUGCGACAGCCCACGGUCUCUCCGCCGCUUGCGGUAAGAGUGGUGCACUCCUGGCUUCCGUCUUGUAUAACUACAUCGACACCCAGACCAAGUUCUACGUUGUCCCUUGGUUCGGUCUUGGUGGUAUGGUCUUGACUUUGUUGUUCCUGCCGGAUACCACUGGUCUUGAUCUGAAGGAGCAGGAGCGUCGCUGGCAGUACAUCCGCGACGGCCGCGAGCAGGAGUACCAUGGCCCUGCUAUUCACUCCAAGCACCUUUCCCUCUGGGAGCGUUUGACGGGCGUCGGAAAGAACUACAACGCUGAGCUCGACUACAAGCACAAGGUUGAGGAGUACCGUGCCGAGUGGGAGGCCGCCAUGACCGCCAAGAUCUCCGAGAACGAGAAGGGCGAGGACUUCGUGCAGGACACGGAUGACUCCCUCCUGGAGGGCCAUGUCCAUGCCUACUUCCACCGCACCAGUCCCAUGUUCCGCCCGAUGGAGCAGACUGCCACCAAGACGGAUAAUUUCGCGCUGCCUCCCGCGGCGCAAGAUUCGUCUACGGAGUCAUAUAACGAAAAGUCCGAACUAUAAAUGGCGUUCUUCUUUUCUUUCGUUUUGGGUGUUCAUUUUGGAAAGCGAGCAUGUGUGAUUGAUUGGAUGUGACACGUCCGAUUUUGGAUGAUGAUGACACGCAUUCCAUUUUUGCA